AUGCGCAUCGGGACGCCCGAGUACAUGGGGCCGGAGCUCAUCAGCGGUCGCUCGGGCUACGAUGGCAAAAAGGUGGACGUGUGGGCGAGCGGCGUGCUGCUCUUCGUGCUGCUGCUGGGAAUGUUCCCCUUCGAGAUGGAGGACGAGAACUACGUCAACACCGCGGGCCUGUACAGCAUCUGGAUCCAGCAGGUCCGCACCAGCUGGCAGGAGAACCCCCACAACGCGCCCGGCGUGUCCAAGCUCUCCCCAGAGUGCAGGUGA